AUGACUGUAACCCAGCCAGAAAGGGGAAAUGGAGUGGUUUUGGUUGUGGAGGAUUUUAAUAGUAGUGAAAGUUUUUCACGCGUGUUUGGCUGGUGCUUCAGACUGGCAAACAACACUUCCUGCUUCCUGGUGUGUACUGGAUCAUUGUCCUGCUGCAUAGGCAACCAGUGGAAGAAAGUUAAAGAAAGGAUAUCGGAUACUGUUAAAGGGUACACUCCAUGUGAACCUGUCAACUGUAGCUGCCACCUAAGUGUCCUACAGCAUGACUUGCAGACCUUUAAAGGGGGGAUUUCACAGGAUGUCAUGGCUGCUACGGUUCAGAGAGGAGUGGGAACCCACUACCAGAUCAUUGGACACAAGCUGUACAGGGAGCAAAACUGCAUGUUCCCUGCUAGGUGCAGUGGGGUGGAGCACUUCAUACUGGAGGUGAUUGACAAGCUGCCUGACUUAGAGAUGGUUGUAAAUGUGAGAGACUACCCUCAAGUCCCCAACUGGGUGCAGCCAACCCUGCCAGUCUUCUCUUUCAGUAAGACCUCAGACUACAACGACAUCAUGUACCCAGCAUGGACAUUUUGGGAAGGCGGACCUGCUGUGUGGCCCAUUUACCCCACCGGACUGGGAAGAUGGGAUCUGAUGAGGGAUGACCUUAAAAACUCUGCAGCACAGUGGCCAUGGAAGAAGAAAGAGUCUAAAGGAUUUUUCAGAGGUUCCAGAACCAGCCCUGAGCGCGACCCUCUCAUCCUUCUGUCCAGAGAAGCUCCAGAGCUGGUAGAUGCAGAAUAUACAAAGAACCAAGCCUGGAAGUCUGAGAAGGAUACUCUUGGGAGACCCCCUGCCAAGGAAAUUCCCCUGGUAGAUCACUGCAAAUACAAGUAUUUGUUCAACUUCCGUGGUGUGGCAGCAAGUUUUCGCUUCAAACAUCUCUUCCUGUGCGGCUCCUUGGUGUUUCACGUGGGAGACGAAUGGCAGGAAUUCUUUUACCCUCAGCUCAAGCCCUGGGUCCACUACAUCCCAGUCAGGCAGGAUCUGUCGGAUCUCAGGGAGCUGCUCCAGUUUGUUAAAGAGAACGAUGCCAUCGCGCAGGAAAUGGCUACAAGGGGGAAGGAAUUCAUCCUCAACCACCUGCAAAUGGAAGAUGUUUCCUGCUACUGGGAAAGACUUCUGACCAUGUUCAGCCAGCUUCUCACCUACAAACCCCAAAGAAAGAACAGCUACAACCAGAUAGUCCACCGAGCCAGCAAAACAGAGCUGUAAGACAGACUGUGUGGGACCAGACUGUGAAGAUUCUGACUGUAACUGAACCAGGGUGUACGGUUUCUUUUCAAGCAGCACUGUGUCAUGUUGUUAGUAUUCUGUUUUUAUUAACUGAUCUGAAGUCUGACGCUUUAACGCUGUCUUCAUAUAUUUGUGUUUAUUACAGUGUUUGAGACCAGUGUGGACCACACAAUGACCCACAUGUCCACCAGUUAGUGGGCUUAGAUUACACAGCUGUACAAGCAGCUGACUGUAGAUGCUGCCAGUAAUUAAUCUGUGCCCACAAGAUUCUAUCAGUAUCUUUUGAAAGAGGGGGAAAGUGUGCACACUGUUUCUCUGUGGUGUACAUUCUUCCAUCAGAUCACGUGACUGACACGUCUCUCUAAAAGAGCCAGCAUUUGCAAGAGUACACUAAGGAUCCCUCAAUCAAUGCAUUCUUGUGAAAGAAUCUUUCACAAGAAUGCAAUGCAAGAAUCUUCAGGUGCCACUAGGGGGCUUAUGUGCCAAAGUCCUUACUGAUCACUCUGGUUUGAUGAGUUCAGUACUUCCAGAUGUGACGACUGUUUUUGCGCCUGUUAUCCAUCUAACCAGCACAAGUGCGUAACUAUAACGCAUGUUUUAAGCCACUAAAGAGGCAAUCCAUUAUUUUAUACAUCAGUUUAUUUUUAUUUGUCAAAAAGUUAUAGCUGUGAUUGUUAUUUUGAUUAUAUUAUAGUGACAUUAUCAAGGUUAGUGGAAAUCAUAAUGUAAAGGGUAUAUGUAAAGGAAAAUCCAAGGGAUUGUUGGUGGAUAUCAGUUUGGGAGUAACUUUUAUAACUAGAUUACAUGUGAAUAUUUAGACUCUGUAGGCGAGAGGCAAGAAUUUUGGUACUAGAAGCUUUCUGGUUUGUGUUUUGUUGUCCAGUUGUAGAUCUGGGUUUUUGAGCAAACUUUGGUUGCAUGCAGGUAACUUGUCCAUGUAGAGAGCAAAAGAGCAAUUACUCCUACUGAUGGGCCCCUAGAUUGGUCUGACAGUUGUUUUUAUUGAAACUAAAACUUUAAUUCUCCAGGAAAGGAUCAUAAUGGAAAUAUAAUGCAUUCCUGUCUUUAAGUCAUUGAAAGCUGUAAUGGAAAUGGACGACAGGUGUUCAGAUAUUUACAAAAGAUGUGUAAUUAUCAAGUGGUAGUUAAGGAUACCAGGUUUACCAUGUUGGAAAAAUUUAAUGAACAACAAAUAGUUUGAUAUUAAAUGAAUCUAUGUUUAGUACAGUUCAGUACAGAAAAUAAUGUGUAGUCCACCUACCAGACAUUAAAGUAGUGGCUAAAACUGGUGAGGAUCAUGUGGUAGUAGAGUUUCUUCUUUGCCACCAGUGAAGUUGAUUGCAAAGCUUUGCUAAAGAUAAGUUUUGUUACACUGCCCUCUACUGGGCAACUGGAAAAACUCUAGACUUUUACUAAGUUUCAUGAUAACCGGAAUGCAAAUCAUUAGCUAUAUCAGUCUACAUUUCACCGCCAUCGAUUUUAGAACAUAGAUAGAAGGACACUUUCUUUUACACAAAGUGCCAGCAGUGAGCAAUAAUAUUCAGAGUAACCACUUUGUUUACCAUUUCUGAUAAAGCUGCCUUGAAAUCAAGACAUUAUAGAUGAUGUAACUGAUACAUGAUCAUGUUGAAUAUGUUGUAGUAUUCGGUUAUUUGAGGAAAAAAAGAAGCUGAGAUGAUGUGUCUGGUCAUAGUGUUUGUUUUUAUCUCAAUAAACUGGU